AUGGUGAGCUUCGACGUGGUGUCGCUUUUCACCAAUUUUCCCACCAAAGAAGCAUGCCAGAUUGCCAAGGAUCCACCAGACAGCGACCCCUCCCUCGCUGACAGCUCAGCCCUCUCCUCCGCCCAGAUCGCUGACCUCAUCCGCCUCUGCGUUUCUUUCAGCUACUUCAAGUUCCAAGAUCAGUUCUAUGAUCACCUCCAAGAAUUCCUGGAGUACCUCAACAAGCAACACCCCACUGUCAAGUUCACUAUGGAACAAGAACAAGACGGACACCUCUCCUUCUUAGAUGUUCACCUGUCUAGAAACCCAGACGGCACCCUCAACCACCGUGUCCACCACAUGCCCACCCACACCGACCGGUACCUGCACCAGAGAUCUUUCCACCACCCAGCAGUCAAAACAUCAGUCAACCACACCCUGGUCAACAGAGCCUAUGAGAUCUGCGACCAGAACAAACUACGCCAAGAACUCUACCACAUCAAGUCUGCCCUCAAGAUGAACGGCUACCGCAACCAACGUAUCAACCUUUCCAAGCCCUCCCCCAGGUCGUUAGGGUCACCUAUACCCGAAGUCCCCCAAACCCCCACUGCCACAGUAUGCCUACAGUAUCUGGGCCCCACCUCCCACCAACUCCGGAGCAUCCUGCAGUCGGCCAACAUCAAAGUACAUCAUUCAGCACCCAACAAGCUGCAGGCUGCACUUCACACCACAAGGACAAGCACCCACCCAGUAGUCGCCCCAGUGUAUAUCGCAUUCCAUUUGAAUGCGGCCAAGUAUACAUCGGGGAAACUGGAAGGAACCUCCCCACCAGACUCCAAGAACACUACUCGCACGGCUGACGAGAAGAAUACAAGUCUGCCAUCAUCAAACAUGCACACUCCAGGACCAGCGCGUCGAGUGGGACAAAGCAGAACUCACUGCUCCCAUCCAGAACUGGCUCCCAAGGAGAAUCCGAGAAGCUAUUGA